UCAGUUCCAUCUACCCUCGUUUUAAUUGAACAAUAACGUGGUAGCACAGACAUGUGGCGCCUUCUUUCAGAGGAUAUCCGUUGCAUGUUAUUUCAUUACACAAACUGUAGACGCAGGCGGAUAAACCAUCUAGCGGUGCCAUAAAAAGUGCCGUUGCUGUUCUCCGCUUUCCAACCAUCCUGUUUGUCGAGUGAUCAAAAUUCAGUCGGGCGCAUUUUGGCGGAACUUCUGCAUCUUCUGUUCCAGUGAUGGCGUAUCUGUUUUCAUUCCUGAUCGUAUUUGUUGUCCUAGGUUUGUCAUCUGCUAGCCCUACUAAUAUUGAGCGACGAAUGAAGAAACAAGUCGUGGAUUUUAAUCUCGACAUCAUCGAGGGUGGAAUUGGCUACACUGAGAAAAUCGAGGUGGAUCUUGAAAAACAAACAGAAUUGUUUCAAGUUCCUACUCAUCCUGGUGUGGAUCGCAGCGAUGUGUUGCACGAUUUCAAAAACAAUUUGACCAUGCUGCGCUUCCCGAAGAGCAAGAUCUGUUACCUGUUUCCUCUCGUAAAACGUCAAUCGAGGCCAGAGAAGCUGAUAAGAGACCAUAAGAGGGCUCAGAAGAUGGUUGUGACGGAGACCAAGCGGGUUGAUAACACUUGGAUUCUUGACGGCCAGCUAACAGACCGGUCCACACUCAGCGAGGAGUUGGCGCAAUUUUGUGCAAAAUACUUCAUAUACCAUGUGAAAAAAACCCACGAUUCGUUAAGUGUAGCAAAAGAAAGCCAUACAAUCCAAAAGCGAAGGAUCAGAAGAAUAAAUAGACUUUGUCCUGGCGGCAUGGAUCUAGAUGAUGCCUUCAACUCCUGUUAUCCGCCUAAAUUUAGGUGCAGAGUUCGAACAAGAACAUGCUACAAGUAUGUGAUUUGUACUAAUGUUGGCGAAGAUAGACAGGAUAAUUGGAUCGACGUACGAUUCCCCAGGGCGGCUCCCCUAAGUUUAAAUUGCCGUGAAGAGCACAUCUGGAAUGCAAUCGUGUGUUGUGAAUACACUUGCAUGCAUAAAUAAAUAAGCAAAUUAUCUUCAGCUCCCUAACUAGUAACCAUUUUCUACGAAUUAGUCUUAAACAUACAAUUAAACAUAAAAGAGAACAUUUGAACGUUCACUUGUAUGUUUGACGUCAUGAUCACAUGGCUAUGCUAGAAGACAGACAAAGUUCCUUUCCUUUACACAAUGCGACAACUAUCAGAGCGAUAGGUAUCUUGACCAGUUUGUAUCAACAAGUGGUUCUUUUCUUUUUGUAAAAUAAGCUAUAUUUAAUAGAAAUAAAGUAUAGAACUUUUUGGAGAAGGA